UAGAGGUGUGGAAAGAUGGACAUGUAUAUUGCUGUGGGUUAGAACUUUGCCAGGCAAACUGGAAAAAGGACAACUGAUCAGGGGAUGGAGGAUAUUGGCAAGACAUGAUUGACAGGAUGGGUUUGCCUUCUAACAGAGGAGAGAAUAAAUAAUAAAAUGUGAUACAUACUGUGGUAACUUGGAGGUCAAGCAAGAAGCAUAAGGAGCUAGAGCGUAAUAGUAGAAAGUGAUUUUAUUUUCUUAACAGCUUUAUUGAGAACCACACAUAUGUAGAUACACAGUUCAAUAUAUUUUGACAUGUAUGUGCUCAUGAAAAUGUUCCCAGGAUCAAGGUAAUGAACACAUCCACUGGCCCCUGAUAUUUCCUUAUAUAAGGGGCUAUUUUAAUAGAAAGUAUGGUCAGAGAAGGCCCUUCAAUAGUGUCAUUUGAGCAGAGAUCUGAAUGAAGUGAGAAAGCAAGCAAGCCACAAGGACAAUGGGAGUGUGCCUGGUGUAACAGGAACAGAAGGGAGGCCAGUGUGGCUGGAGCCAGGGAGGAAAAGGAAGUAAGAGAGGUCAUUGCCUAUGAGUCCAGGGACUUUGUUUUGUUCUAUGGGAUCUAUGAUAGAGAAGGCACCCAGUCGAUGUUUGCUGAACAGAUGAAUGCCUGGGAUAGGCAUCAGAACAAGGUUUGGUGGCAGGGUGGGUCAGGAAGAGGGUUCUCAGCCUGGUAAUCAUGGAGAUCAAAUGGCCAGAGGGCAUCCAUUUUGGACAAGGAGCAGGGGUACCUGAGGAACAGUAGUGUGGGAGACACCUGGCCUCACCUCACCCCUCCUUUCAGCCUGACCAGUUGCCUCACUCCCAUGCAGAGGUUCCGGUUCUGUGGUGAUCUGGACUGUCCCGACUGGGUCCUGGCGGAGAUCAGCACACUUGCCAAGAUUUCUUCCGUGAAGCUGAGGCUGCUCUGCAGCCAGGUGCUGAAGGAGCUUCUGGGACAGGGGAUUGAUUAUGAGAAGGUCCUGAAGCUCACUGCCGACGCCAGGUUUGAGUUGGGCGAUGUGAAAGCCACGGUGGCAGUACUGAGUUUCAUCCUCUCCAGUGCGGCCAAGCAUAGUGUGGAUGGCGAGUCCUUGUCCAGUGAACUGCAGCAGCUGGGGUUGCCUAAAGAACACGCAGCCAGCCUGUGUCGCUGUUAUGAGGAGAAGCAAAACCCCCUGCAGGAGCACCUGCGGGCCUGCAGCCUGCGUGUAAAUAGGCUGGCAGGCAUGGGCUGGCGGGUAGACUACAUCCUGAGCUCCAGCCUGCUGCGGUCAGUGGAAGAGCCCAUGGUGCACCUGCAGCUGGAAGUGGCAACUGCCCCGGAUGCCCCCGCCCAACCUGUUGCUAUAUCCCUCUCAGCAGACAAGUUCCAGGUCCUCCUGUCAGAACUGAAGCAAGCCCAAACCCUGAUGAGCUCUCUGGGCUGAGGAGAAGAGUGUCUGUGGCCCACGUGGAGCUGCCCUAUCCAUGUGAAGUGGCUGCCCUCUGAACUUCUCUUCAGGACCCCAGGUCCAGAACCCUGGAGGCCUGGCCUCCUGGAUCUCUGGCUUUCUAGGUUCCUACUUGGAAAUUCAGCAUAUAGGGAUCCUGAGGACUUUUCCAGCGUUGUCUUCCCUCCCCCAUGAAAGAUACUUGUCAGUGUUUUUUCCCAGCAGGAAGAAUAAACAAAAAUGUAAAGGA